AUGAAAGAUGGAGAAAUAGCAUUUGAGAAACAAAUGCAAAAGGAGUUAGAGAACCUGAAGAAGAUAAGAGAUUGCACAAGCAAAGAGAUAAAAGAGUUGAAGAUAAAAAGAGAAAAGUUUGAGAUAGGGAACAAUGGAGUUUUUUCGGAUAAGAAACUCCCAAAGAAAGAACCAAGAGUUAACAAUGGCGAAUGCAAGAAGCAUCAAGAGACGCCAUUAAGAUUUCAAAAGAAAAGCAAGAUUGAGAAAGACAUCAAGUCAAGAAACAAAAAAGUUGAAUACGAAGAUCGUGAUACAAGAAACACAUUGUUGGAGAUUCAAGACGAUGAGAUGAUACAAAUAAUGGAAGAUACCGACAAAGUUAAAAACGAUGAUCAAGAUGAGAUUGAAGACAAGAAUAAGAGAAGCCAAAUCGAGGGAGAAGUUCAAGACAUAGUUCGUGUUAAAGAUCAAGACAAAGGAAGUGGAAACAAGCCAAAGUUCAAGGAUAAAGACAAUGAGGCUGUUGAAGAAGUGAAGGCAUGGAUUAAUAAAUUAGGGGGGAGUAUUGGAUAA